AUGGAAAAUCUGUACUGCUGUAAGGCUCAAAACGUUGCUGCAUUCAAGGCUGGGCUUCUACCCGAAACGCGGGUGAUGGUGCUCUACACCAUGCCUGAGCAACUCCGACGGUCGACCACCAAAACGAUUUGUGGACCAUCAUCAUUUAAACCCAGUGGUCCAAGGCGCUCGUCCGGAGGGAGGGCCGGAAAACUCGGACAUCAUCUUCGAAUCAUUGCGAUUUUACACCCUUCUCGAUUGAAAUCAAACUACCUGCAGUACAUAUUCGGGUCGUACUCCUGGCCAGCGAAACUCCUCAUGACACAACCUCCUCAUAUGCCAGGCGAAACUAAUGAUUUUGCGGACGACGACCAACACUCUGAGAUUUUCGGUCAAGGAAGCGCCUCUCUGUAUGGCGAUUAUCUUACAGCCGUCUUCGGCUCCAAGUUACGUUUUGCCGAGCAGCACAAUACCGGUAGGCCUGACAGGCCAAAUACACUCGACAACCUAUCAUAUUUUCAUCGUUCAGGGCCAUCUGAAACCAAACAGCAAUGUAGGCAGGAUGGUGUUUUUGAAGUAUUGAUAUACGGGCAGCCAGCUCAUCCACCGACUCGAGGAGUUCAUGCCCCGCAAGUUCCCAGCAACCUUCGGUCACUGUCCCAGCAUUCUCCUGUCCAAGUCUCCCAACAAACUUACCUUGGCUCAGACCAUCCAGUUUUUGCUCCUGGUUAUCCUUGGCCGGUUGAGGAACAGAUAGGCAACCCUAUGCAUCCAAUCCAACCGCCACUGGCGCAACGGUCUCAUCAGAAUGAUUAUAAAAACCCGAAGAACUUGAAGAUUUUCACCCCAGUCUCCAAUAAAUUUCUGUCCCAUCAUCCUGUUGAAUCGAGCAAAUUUCUAGGAUUAGGUCCUCAAGAUUCACAAUCUUCUCCAAACCAUACCACCUUUCAACUGCCUAAUAUUGAUUACUUGCGCACAGCUGACCCAAGUCAGGCGCAUCAGGAUUACCCGUUGCUCAGAGGCACAACAGAUAAUAAUAUUAACCCAGACAUGAGCUAUGCUCACUUGUACUCUCCAAAAUGUUACUAUACAAAUGGGCGACCCGCAUAUCCCGCCAGUGGGCCCGAUUCACUAUAUCCUUGUUGUAGUCCAUACCAACGCAAUUUCCCUCUUUCUUCUCCAUAUGUUCCAUCCACCUAUUUUCCACCCCCUUCAAGCACCACGCCACAACAGAGGACGAGUGUGAACGAGGAGGAUUUCUAUCUCCCAAUUUCGCAUGUUUAUGAAUCCGCGAAAGAACCAGAACUGGACCGCCUACUUAACGAGAAGACGGAAUCAAUUCUCAGCGCAGAUCCUUUCUGUAAUAAAAUUGAUGUCGACUAUGGUUAUGGACCUCUGCCUAGCCUCGCCGAUUAUAAAAUCGAUAAAACUAAAUUGGGGUACCAUGAUACCUUUAACCUUGACGAUUUAUACUUACUUGAAAUGGCACUCCGUCUGGACGAACUGCUUACCGACAAAGAGCGGUUGCGCCGUUGGGAUCAAAGACUCGACUGGGAGAAUGCCGACGACAAGACGAAGCUGUGGGGUAGAAUGUCCGACCUUGAGCGAUCACGCAUUGGGAUUGGUGUGGGCAGCUGGUGGACAUAUCGAUUGUUUGGUAUCCCUUUCUGCUCCAGGUAUGGAUACUAUAGGACUUUGAUAGGCCCGGGUGGUGUGUUCUCCAUGCGCUAUGGUGAUUUUCGCAAGGGUGCGAUUGAAGCUCAUUAUCCAUUAAUCGGGACGGUCAAGUCCAGAUUUCCGAUGUUCAGAGAUGGUGGUCUGGGAUUAGGUCGAGCCCUGAGCGCUUGGGUCGACGGCCGUCCUGUGCGUCCACCGUCUCGCAGCGAGAAAUCUGAUGCGAAAUCGAACGAGGCUCAAGAAGACCAGAAUCGAAAUCUGGAACUUCAAAAAAGAUGGUUUCGUGCUCAAUGCAAUCGGUCCAAUCUGAUCAACGCAAUCAUGCAAAUAUCGACUGUCGUUGGGUCACCUCGAAUACCACAAGCUUAUUAUCCCGUUCAUGGCCAUCCACCGCAGCCGCCAUACCUGUACCCAAGAGGGUUUGAGGCUGGAGGAUUUGGUCAUCAGCUGAAUCGAAGCAUCUACGAACAAGUGGCUGGAAACAGUCCCGGUGGUUUUCACAGUGGCUUUCCUACACCAAGCUUCCCGCAUCAAACAUUGAGACCUCAACCCUUGAAGCGAAGUGUAUCAUUCACCUCUCCUGGCAACGGCGGCACCUAUGCGCAAUACUCAAAAAACUACAUUGAUCCAGCAAAUCUUUACAACAUGAGGCCCAUUCCCAACCCCACACUGAACUAUGGAAACUCGAAGGACUCGUCUCAGAACCCUUCGAUUCAGCGGCCAGCUUCCAGAGCAGGGGAAACUCGUCCUGCUUCGACAGGUAAAAGGAAUUCACAACGGCAAGAAACAGAACCUGUAUCCACUCGGAAAGAUUUCCCACCACAAAAUUCACGCCCAGAACCAUCUUCAAAUCGAAACGCAACCGAAUCGGUAUCAACAUCAAUUCCCAACUCAGGGCUACCAAAACCCCCUCAAAUUUACACUUCUCAAAUGAUUGCGGACCGAAUGAAUGCAUCGCAUUCAAGAAUGAGACCGCAGACUCAAUCAGAUGCAACCAACUUAAAAUUAUGA